AGACGAUUUAUAUUGGUCGGUUAACAUUAGGUACAGCUCUGGACUGGGAUGUAGCUUGGGUUUUGUACAUAAUUUCUAAACGGGAAGGUGACUGUAAACGCAUGGGUAGAUUGAGCACGGUUUUAGCCUCGAUAGUGCUGUAAUGGUGAACACUGCGUAAUAUUUACUGUAUGACACUUUAAUACAUACGUGUUGCUGACUGCCAUGGGAAAUAUGAUGGACUUUUUUGAGUGUGUGCGGAUAGGCUGGAAUGACAUGCUGUGAAACAUGGUUGCACCUCUCAGUAGAUUCUUACACAAUUUAUUUUCUUGAAAGCCUCUGUUGACACUGGCCAGUACGAAAAUGUCCUGCAGGGCACUACGGAAUGCAUGGCCUCUACUGAGACCAAGUUCUUUGGCAAGAACCUUACUCGUCCAGCCUCGCCAGGUUAGUGCUGCAAAGGUUACAAGGAUCACAGCUGCCCGGAUCUGGACCCAUGGACCACUCAAAGCCCCCUCCAACAUUACCUCAGGUCGCAGUACUUUCUCUUUAAGAACUCAUUCUUGUGGAGAACUGUGCUCAACCCACGUUGGUCAAGAAGUUACACUGUAUGGCUGGGUACAGUAUGUGAGGCAGGAUUUAUUUGUGAUCUUGAGAGAUUUCAGUGGACUUGUUCAAAUUCUCAUCCCACAAGAUGGGGUUCUGGGGAAAACUCUUCCUGAACUGUCCCACGAGUCUGUCAUCAUGGUGAAGGGAAAGGUGCAGCUUCGUCCAGAAGGACAAGAGAACAAGGCAAUGUUUACAGGAGAAAUUGAGGUUUCUGCCCAUCAUUUGGAAGUUUUAAACAAAAGCAGAAAAUUGCCUUUUGAAAUUAAGGACUUUGUGAAAAAAUCAGAAGCCCUCCGUAUGCAGUACCGCUACCUCGACCUCCGUUCCCCACAAAUGCAGUAUAAUUUAAGGCUUAGGUCUCGUCUUGUUAUGAAAAUGAGAGAAUUUCUUUGUAAUUUACAUGAGUUUGUGGAUGUGGAAACGCCUACCUUGUUUAAAAGAACCCCUGGUGGAGCCAAGGAGUUUGUCGUGCCCUCUCGGGAGCCUGGGAAGUUUUAUUCACUGCCUCAGAGCCCACAACAGUUCAAGCAACUGCUUAUGGUGGCAGGCAUAGACAGGUAUUUUCAGAUGGCUCGCUGCUAUCGGGACGAGGGCUCUAAACCUGACAGACAGCCAGAAUUCACACAGGUGGAUAUAGAGAUGUCUUUUGUGGACCAGGCAGGCGUCCAAGCCCUGAUUGAAGGCCUGUUGCAGUAUUCUUGGCCAGCUGAGAAGGGAACCAUUAGCACUCCUUUUCCCUCAAUUACCUAUGAAGAAGCCAUGAAGGACUAUGGAGUGGACAAACCAGACACAAGAUUUGAAAUGAAGCUCAUAGAUGUCAGCAAGGCAUUUGAGGGUACUGAAAUCUCAUUUCUUCGGGAUGCACUUCAGCAACCAGGAGGCUGCAUCCUGGCAAUUUGUGUACCAGAUGGAGCUAAACUUAUUAAAGGUAAAGACUUGGAAGGUCUCAAAGAUAUUGCCAAGACUCAGUUCAACCAGGAGGUGAGUGUGUUGCAGGUGAGGCCCGACGGCUCCCUGAAGUCGCCCCUGAGCAAGUUCCUGUCAGACGGCGCCCGGCUGCAGCUGCAACAGAUGGCGGGGAGCGGAGCGGGAGACCUCCUUCUCCUCGCCUCCGGCACUACCGACCACGCGCGCCCUCUCCUCGGCAAGCUAAGGCUACAGUGUGCUGAUCUGCUGGAGAGCCGAGGUGUCUCCGUGAGGGAUCCGUCCGCCUUUCACUUCCUGUGGGUGGUGGACUUUCCCCUGUUUCUUCCCAGCGAGGACGACCCGGAUCAGCUGGAGUCGGCUCAUCACCCCUUCACGGCUCCUGUGCCAGAGGACACCCAUCUGUUGUACUCGGAGCCUCACAAGGUGCGUGGGCAGCAUUAUGACCUGGUUCUGAAUGGCUGCGAGAUUGGCGGCGGCUCCAUUCGUAUUUAUAACGCCGCAGAGCAGUGCUACAUUCUGAAGACUAUCCUGAAGGAGGACCCCUCCCUCCUCUCCCAUCUCCUGGAGGCCCUGGACUCUGGAGCGCCACCACAUGGUGGCAUUGCCUUGGGACUUGAUCGCCUGGUAUCCAUUAUACUUGGCACCCCCAGCAUCCGGGAUGUUAUUGCCUUCCCCAAGUCUGUCCGGGGUCACGACAUCAUGAGCAGAGCCCCUGACAGUGUGGCUGAGAAGGAGCUUCAGCAUUACCACAUCCAAGUGACCUGGCCCGAGGAGGGGGAGUAGGCACUGGACCUCUAGCCUACCUUAUCACUCCAGCCAAAAUUGGGUGUCUGUCUGUGUCUGGUUGUCUGUUUGUAUGGCCUCAACAUGGGAAAGACGGCUUGUCCCGCGAGGAAAUGAAACGUGGAUGGAUGAAUGCGUAGGGAAGGUAAAGCCUUCUCUUUUCAGUGCUAGAAAGUGCAUUUAUCUUUAAAAAAAAACCACACACACGUGUCAUCUUACAGUAUCUGAUUUCUCUUUGUAAAUAAAACGAAAAAA